AUGGCAGACAAUCAGGAAGUUGUAACUGAAUAUUUAGACUUCUUGGACGACGAGUUGCGGGAGAACCUUUACCAUCGCCGUGUGCAACAUCUUAUUGAUGAAAACGGUCAAAGACUACUGGUUUGUAUAGACGACCUUCGUAACUAUUUACCACGUAGAUGUGCACAAUUAUUGUAUAAUUUUAUUGAAGAGGAGGUAGCUUUUAAAAAAGCGUUAAAAAUAUUCGUCACCAAACUGAAUGAAAACUAUGGAAACAAAUACGAAGUAUUUUUUGUUGGGUUCUAUGGAGCUUUUGGUGGCAACCAUGUGACACCAAGAACUUUAAGAUGUAAGUUUAUAGGUAGGUUGGUGUGCCUAGAGGGGGUAGUGUCUCGGAUGUCGAAUGUUGAAAAUGUACUGGUGAAAAGUGUACACUACUGCCCUGCUACUAAGCAGAUGCACGAGCAUAGGCACGCCGACUACACUUCCCCGAAUUACGCGUUUACGGCAAAUACAUCAAGCAUCAGAUACCCAACUAGAGAUGAUGACGGUAAUCUGCUUGAAACAGAGUUUGGGCUCAGUGUUUUCAAAGAUCGGCAGACUGUCACCAUCCAGGAAUCCGUUGAUAAAAUCCCAGCCGGGCUGGCCCGGUAUGUUGAUGUCUUGGUGGAAGAUGAUUUGGUAGAUACGUUUAAAUCGGGUGACAGGAUCAUGAUUGUAGGGGCUUAUCGAAGUUUUUUGCCACCAACAGGCAGCAUUUUCUUCGAGACCAAUGUUGUCGCAAAUAACAUCAUUGUAAAAAAUGCCAACUUUUCUGUAGAUAAAACAGACAUUACCCUAUGCAGGAACUUAGUAGCCGAAAAAAAGGACACCAUAUUCGAUUUGUUGGCCGAUUCCAUAGCGCCUAGCGUCUAUGGCCAUGCACCUGUAAAAAAAGCAAUUGUUUGUUUAUUGUUGGGUGGUGUAGAAACUACACUACCUAACAAAACACGUUUAAGAGGAAAUAUAAAUAUGUUAUUGAUUGGGGAUACGUCAGUGGCGAAAUCACAAUUUCUGAGGUAA